AUCAAACGGAUGAAACCGUUCAUCGUGAUUCGCAAGCAUGAAAAUCAAGACAAUGUGGCGUUACAGCGGCUUAUACGAGAGUUCGUGAUGUCCGGCGCUUGGGAAGCGUUUGUUUCGUGUUUAUUCAGAGAGAUCACCCUGCAGCUGAUCGUGCUCGGUUGGGCACUGAUGUUUAUCUUCUUCGGUAUUCCCCUCUAUAUGUGCGCAUUGGCCAUACCGUGCGUCAUAGUGCUGAUAUGGUUUACCGUGUAUGGUAGCUACUACAACAAAUCUACCGAACUCGCUCUGCGUCCAAACAAAUUAUGCUGGGUGGCAGAAAUUUACGAACCACUGCUGGCAACGAACGCGAAGCAGCAGGCCGCCAACGUCAAACGAUGCUAUACCGACCGACCGGGGUCUGAGGAGCAGCAGGAGUUGGGAAAGAUGCGGAAGAACAUAAUCGGCACAAUUAGUUGCCGUAACCAUCUGGCAAUGGACAAUGCGGGGUUUAUUACACGGUUAGCUGUUAGCCCAAAGUAUGGGCUAUCACCGGUGACCGAGUUCCUAAUUCUGCGGGUAUUACAGCACGCUUCGGACAGUCAACUGUAUGCUAUCGAAACGGUCACUUCGGAAUGUGAUCAGGAUGUGCGGGAAAUUUAUCUUAAAAUUGGAUUCAACAUACGACAGGUUUACCACAAACAGAUUAUAGGCAAUACGUUGAAGGUGAUGAAAUCUCAGCUUGGCAUCGAUCUGCACGAAUGGCAUCAAUGUCGGGAGGAAAUUAACGUCGAAGUACCGGUAGAGUAA